AUGGACGCCCUUCAUCAACACAUCGCCCCUCGUGGUCAUGGGUCAAAUGCCACCUAUGUUUACGAGUACUCUCGAGGCCUUGGCGGGGUCAACGUCCCCCGAGAUAUUAUCUUCACGCGUAUCAUCUAUGGAUCUGUCGUUAUAGGAGCGCUGCUCGUCUUCUGCGGUCGAAUCGCCCAGAUCAGCCAUGCAUAUCUUCGCCAUAUUACUUCUCUGACGGCAGGUCGAAGGCAGCAAAUGUUCUGGAGCGUGGAGGAAUCACGGUUAUGGGCGAACAUCAAAAAACACAUUCUCUAUGCACCUUUGGGUCGCAAGCGACACAACCGAGAAAUCCAACUCUCGUCGGCCCUCAACGUGGGCACCCUGCCGUCGAGGUUCCAUUCCAUAUUGAUUUUGCUGUACCUGGUCAGCCAGGUAGCCUACUGUUGCUUCUUGGAUUACAAAGUGAACGUGAAAGCAGCCCUCGUUGCUGAGCUCCGCGGACGGUCGGGAACCCUCGCCGUCAUGAACAUGGUGCCACUCUUUCUCCUCGCAGGCCGCAAUAACCCCUUGAUUCCACUGCUACACAUUAGCUUCGACACAUAUAACCUUCUUCACCGGUGGCUGGGUCGUAUAGUCGUGCUGGAAAGUGUGGUGCACACCAUAGCAUGGGCUGUCAAUGCCGUGGAUGAAGAGGAUUUCUCUCGCAUGCUGGAACGGCUAACCACCACGCCGUUUUUUACCUGGGGUCUUGUCGGAACAGUGGCGAUGGUCUUCCUCUGCCUCCACUCUCCUUCACCAGUCCGCCAUGCUUUCUACGAGACUUUUUUGCAUCUCCACCAACUUGCUGCCUUCCUGGCCUUCCUUGGCGUCUACGUGCAUCUGGACCUGGAUAAACUCCCUCAGAUCCCCUGGGCCCAGGCGAUCGGUGCAUUGUGGCUGUUUGAGCGAACAGCUCGACUUCUUCGCUUGCUCUAUCUCAAUUUUUCGCUCAAGAAGGGUGCGACCAAACUGGUCGUUGAAGCGUUGCCCGGAGAGGCCUGCAAGGUGACUUUCCACUUGCCCAAGAGUGUACGCAUCAACCCUGGUGGCCACGUCUUCGCCUACAUUCCCAGCGUUUCCCUAUGGAUGUCACAUCCGUUCUCUAUUGCCUGGGUUGAACCAAGCAACGCCGUGACUUCAUCUUCGACGUCGGAGGCGUCUUCGAGUCCCAUGACCCCAUCCCUCCUCGAAAAGCAACCCGCCCUGGAUCUCGAUGACUACAUGCGAGGCAACCGACAGCCCACUUCUGUCUCCCUCAUCAUCGGUGCGCGGCAGGGCAUGACCCGCAAGCUGUACAACAAGGCGCUCGUCGCGCCGCGCCAGACCCUCCACGCGACUGGCUACAUUGAAGGACCGUACUCGUCCCACGCGUCAAACAUGGGUAGCUACGGCACAGCGGUGCUCUUCUCCGCCGGCGCCGGCAUCACGCAUCAUAUGCUUUUCGUACGCGACCUUCUGAUUCGUGCCUCGGAGGGCCGCGUAGCCACUCAGCAGAUCUAUCUCAUCUGGUCUGUCCGCAACACAGAACACCUUACAUGGGUCCGUGACUGGAUGGACCAGAUCCUCCGCCUUCCGGGCCGCCGCGAAAUCCUCACCGUCAAGCUUUUCGUCUCAAAACCGAAGAGCAGUCGCGAGAUCGUCUCUCCCAGCGCAACCGUGCAGAUGUUCCCCGGUCGCUGCCGACCUGAAGUUGUCCUCGACGAAGUCAUCCCAAAACGUAUUGGUGCCACUAUCGUGUCAGUGUGCGGACCAGGCGCGUUCGCAGAUGAAGUCCGGGCGGCAGCGCGGAGUAAUAUCGGCAAAGGGGCGGUGGUUGAUUUCGUCGAAGAAGCAUUCACGUGGUAG